AUGACACUAUCACACGCAUCAUAUCAGUUCUCCGAAUGGACCUCACACCGUGAAGGGACGUUGAAGAAACUCAAAGUCACAAUUCAAGAUGUGGACGGCGAGUGUUCCAUGAAGGUAUCUGGAAGGAAUUCCAAGUGUUACCCAAUUGCUGCGCACUAUCAAUUACCCCUGCGUGCCCUCAAUAAGAAAUUUGGCCUCUACAAGAAGAUCGUCACCCACUUGAACGGCUCUUCCAACUUGCAUGCUACCAACUUGCGAAACACUUUUAUGUCACUCUUGGGGUAUAUAAAAGAUAUUUUUAACGGGUUUAUUUCCGAUGCUCGCACAUCUGCAAAUCCGCUCGGAUCAGAAUUUAGGUCUCCAGCGCUAGACUAUUACCUGUGGUUGGAUCACAAGGUCGACGGCUUUGAUGAUGGGUCUCGUGGGCGCCUGAAGAUAGAAUGGAAUGUGACCUUCGAAGGACUGAAGAAAGGAGAGUGCAAGGACAUUUUGGAAUAUCAUACGAGUUUCUUCACUCGACUCAUUUGUCAGGCUCUGAUGCUCAAGGAAGUUGACUGGGGUGCAUAUCACAAGGCAAAAUGCAACGACCACGAUUUCUGUGGGGCGAUUCAGGGUUGCGGUGAAGGCGACAAUAUCCAGUCGCUGCUCAUUUCUGUCGAUGCCUUCAUGGAUGGUCUCAACACACCUGACAAUACGGCUGAUGGGACAUGCGUUGAAGCUGCAGACAUUGGACACCCGGGUAAUCAGGCAAGUGUGAUAGCAACAUGCUUGUACCUACCUGGUGCUCUACCGGAAGUCACAACCCCUGGGGAUCUCAUAGACAAUGCCCGUGGGCUGAAGUUGGCAAAUGUAUGCGAUGGCCGUAUGGAAGAAUACGACCAGGACGUGCAAGAGACUCAAUCCACGGAGCACGCAGUACUGUUUCACGGUGCUCGUUUAUAUUCUAAUUGUGAAGUACAAGCAGUGUAUUCUUUCCAAGAAGAAACCAUUCAAACUGAAAUCGAGUACAACGAGCACGCCACACAGUUCCACGGAUAUGGAUCCUGUUCUCAUCAGGAAGUACAUGCCGUACCUCAUAUGCAAGACCAAAUAACUCAGACUGAAACCGAGACAGCGCACGCAGGGAACCUCGAGGGAAAUUACUCCGGUUCUAGCGAUGUGUUAUAUACCGCCAUGUCACCGUUCACUGAUGAGCAUACUGGCCAUGAAUAUCCCGUUGAUCAUCAUGAUUGGGUACCAGCAAGCAUUGAUGAUUGCUGUUGGGGUGAUAUGUCAAACGACUUCUCAGGGAGCAUGGAGCCGGUGUCUCCAACUGCUUGCGAGAGUUUUAUGGUAGUUGCCGGGGACUCGGCACAACAUGGGGUCGAUAUUCCCACUGGAAAGUCCAAACUCUCUGCCAGGAAUGUUGAUCUGCCUACUCGAACAGAAGAUUAUGACCCUAGUGUGCCCAUGGUGAAAUCAGGAUCACGAGGGCGUAAGAAAGACUCAAUUUCCACAAUAAAACCUCAGAGAAAGGGCAGGACGAAGUCUCCAUCGGUGCCCGGAAGGCCCGUUGUAUUUGCGAAACAACCACUGAUGCCAAGAACAAAGGCAGGAGUUACAUCUCCACAUGUGCGCAAAUAUACGAUCGACGACCUCAUGUCCGAGGCUCAGAAGGACAGCAAAAACAUUAAACCACACGUCCGCGCGUUUUUGCUCGAUCCAAAGAGAGAUAACUUCAUCAGAAAACAUAUGCAAUCGCAUCACAAUGAGCUGUUAGACGUUGCUAGCUUUAUUGCGUCCCUAAUGUGCUCGGAAAGGCUGCCAGACAAUGUCAUACCAGGCGCAUCAUCAUUGAUGUCCAUCGAGUUUUGGCUUGCUGACAUCGCACACAAGUGCAAACAGGCGGCGGAUAGUGACAAUUUCACGCUGCCACCACUGGCCCAUUGCGUCCUGCUCGAACUUUCUACGCUCACUAGGAAAGAUGAGAACUCAGUGCGGAACACAUUGCAGACUAGCAUCUGGGAUAAGAAUCAGGGCAGCAUUGUGAAACCCGUUAUUCUUUAUUUGUGCAAGCUACGUGGAUCUAAGCCUGGUGCAGAUGAUGACUACGCAAGUGGAUUUAAGCUGCUAGCAUACAUGAUGCAAGACAAUCAGGUACGGGCAAUCCAGAGUAUGGCUGGGGCCAUGCAGAAGAUUUGCUCUUCAAAGCAGGCAAAGUGGAGGUUGGUAGUACUAGAUGUUGAAGCAGGAUACUUGUUGGUGAAUGUCCACGACAUUGGAGCGCCCGUAAAGGCGCGGGCACCAUAUGAUAUGCCACACUCUGAGCCAACGGCCCAUGGCCCCCAUAAGGAGCGACAGCAAGCGGGAAGGUGA